AUGCGUGCACUGGAGAGAUUAUUUAUUUUUGCAAUCGUGUCGAUUGCUAGUCUUCUGGUUUUUAAAUUGCACGAAAAGCACGCGGAGUUGCAUAAACGCGACGGCGAAUGGUCCGUUCGAAAAGAUUUACAAGUGGUUGAAAAAGAAAAAAUAAAUGUGUUCGAUACGAAUGCGCCGCGGGAGUUGAGAAAGGCUCUGAGUGAAGAAAAAUUGAAUAAUUAUGGCGCAAGAGUAAGAAGUGGCAUUGAAGAACCGAACGAACGCGUCAUUGAUUCUUUAAGAAAUCGAAUCGAAUCCGAGACGGGAGAAAAAAAAAGUACCGUUCCCACCUCAAAAAUUGAUUACGCCUUUUCCUCUUCCUCGCCUUUUUUAUUACAAUAUUGGGCAUCGAAUAUUACCAAAGACGCUCAAAAGCAAGAUGAAAUUAGAGAAGCCAUGCGUGCAUCAUACGGUGCGUAUGAGAAGUAUGCUUUCGGUUUCGAUGAGGUACAACCUAAGUCUUUACGUGGUUCGAACAAUCAAGGCGGCGUUUCCGCUUCUGUUAUCGACGCCAUAGACACACUAAAAAUAAUGAAAUUAGAAGAAGAAUACGAACGCGCUCGCGCCCAUCUGUUGAACGACAAAACGUCUGGAUUAGAAAACUUAGCUUCGUCGAGACUGAAUCAAGGAAUUUCUGUAUUUGAAACAAACAUUCGGGUUUUAGGCGGAUUAUUAUCCAUUUACGAUUUGACGUCGGAUGAAAAUUUUUUGCAAAGAGCGGUACAAGUCGCAAACGCUAUAGCGCCAGCGUUUGAAACAAAAAGUGGCAUUCCUUACACGAUGAUUAAUCCGUUUACGAAAAAAGGCGAAUGUUUUAGUUUUUAUCAAAAUAGUGCAGUUCUCGCAGACGCGGGUACGCUUCAGCUGGAAUUCUUUACGCUCGCGGAUAGAACAAAGGAUAGAAAAUGGUACGAAUACGCAAAGAAAACUAUGGAUGUCAUCUUGAGCUAUAAACCCAUCAGUCCAAACUCAAUUAUGACACCUUUAGGACUGUAUCCUUUAUUCAUCCAUCCGAGCACGGGAAAAUUUACGUUGGAAAGAAGUUACGCAGUAGGCGCUCUAGGCGAUAGCUUUUAUGAGUAUUUAAUUAAAGCGUGGCGCGCAUUCCCAAACGCUCAAGGACGUUCAAAAUAUCGAGUUGAAUUCGACAACUCUAUGGAUUCUGUGCUCAAGUUUAUGGUAUCCAAAUUCCCAAAACUAAAGUGGCAAGGAACUAGUAAAGAAUUGCACGACGCGUGGUUUUUGAAUGAUUUAAAAAAUGGACGUCAAGUAUUAAACAUGGAUCAUCUCGCGUGUUUCAUUUCCGGAGCGUUGGUGCUUGGCGCAGAACACGCGAGUCCGAACGAUAUUGUAAAAGGGUACUUGGCACUUGCCGAACACAUGACGACACUAUGUCGCAACUUUUAUCACGCACAGGCUUCUGGAUUAUCGCCCGAUGUCGUCGUUGCCGCUUCAGCCAGCGGCUCGAUGUAUGGGACGCACAACCAAAACAUUCAGAGGCCGGAAACCGUUGAAGCUAUAUUUUACAUGUACCGGAAAACCGGGGAUGAAAAGUAUAGAAAAUGGGCGUGGGAAAUAUUCCAGUCGAUGAAGGAAAUGUACGCCACAGAUACUGGGUGGACCGGCAUACGCGACGUCCGUAAAAAAGAAGCCGCGUUGCCGCAAAAUAGAGACGACAUCACGCAAACGUUUUUCUUUGCGGAAACGCUCAAGUAUUUAUAUUUGACUUUUGGCUCUGGCGAUGAAAUUGAUUUGAACGAGUGGGUAUUCAACACCGAAGCACAUCCGGUGAAAGUCAGUCGCGAAUUUACGUUUCCAUUUUAA